AUGGAAAUCCGUCGAAUUGUACUGAGAGUAGAAGAAGGGUUACUGGUUCUAGGAGAGGAAGGAUUUUACUCACAGUUGAUCGGGCAUUCGCAGGGUCUAGCGAUGCUGGUGGCUUCAGCGGUGGCGCCGUCGCUCCGCCCGAUGGAGCGCGACGGCGGCGGCAGCCGGGAGAGCUGUCUCCCCUCACAAUUCCAGACUGCGAUCUUCUUCUCCGCAUUGUACCUGGUGGCUGUCGCGGAGGGCGGCCACAGGCCCUGCGCGCAGGCCUUUGGGGCCGACCAGUUCGCCGGCGACGACCCAGAAGAGUGCAGGUCCAGGAGCUCCUUCUUCAACUGACUGUACUUCGGGCUCUGCAGCGGCAUGGUGUUGGCUGUGCUGCUGAUAUCCUACGUCCAGGGCAAUAUCGGCCGGGGAUUCGGAUUUGGGCUGCCUUGCGCUUCCAUGGCCAUCUCCCUCGGCCUCUUCUUGGCCGGCACGAGGAUCUACCGCUACUGCGAUCCUCCCGGGAAGAACCCCCUCGAGCAGCUCGCCGGAGCCGUCAGCAAUUUCUCGGACAGCUUGCGGGCGCCGCCUCCCGAAGAAUCGAAGGAAGCUCUCCUCCAUGGCACGUAAGGAUCCUCCAGAGCCUGGAAAAGUCAGUUUCAAUUAAAGAAGAUCUCACCUUUCCUCACGGGUUCCCACUCUGCAGGUCUGCUAUGCAGGAGGGUGUCGCAGAGGACCGUCGACGGGUCCUCAGAUUGCUCCCAAUCUGGGCAACCUGCUUGCUGUGCCCCGCGGUUCUUGUGCAAUCCUCGACCUUCUUCACCAAGCAGGGCAGCGCCAUGGACAGAAGAAUCACCCCCUCCUUCCUCGUUUCCCCUGCGGCGCUUCAGAGCUUUAUCAGUCUCUCAGUCAUUGCCUUCGUGCCCAUCUACGACAGCCUCUUCGUCCCCAUAACCAGAGCCUUCACCGGGGAGCCCUUGGGCUUGACGAUGCUCCAGAGGAUCGGCUUCGGCAUGGUGCUCUCAGUCUCCGCCAUAGCCAUCGCCGCCAAGGUGGAGACGAAGAGGCUCCAGACCGCAAUAGACUUCGGACUGGUUGACUUACCGGGCGUCGCCAUCCCCAUGAACCUGUGGCGGCUCGUUCCUCAGUACGUCCUCCUCAGGGUCUCCGAUGUCUUCACCGGCGGGGGUCUCCAAGAGUUCUUCUACGACCAGGUGCCCACCGCCAGAAGGAUCUUGGACUUUGCCCUCUACAUGAGCAUCUUCGGCGUCGGGAGCUUCAUCAGCGGCGUCCUCGUCUUGGUAAUACAGAAAGUGAGCGCCUGGUGGGGGGAGGAUUGGUUCUCCGACAACCUAAACCGUGCCCACCUCGACUACUUCUACUGGCUGCUGGCGGCGCCGCCUGAAGAAGACUUGCAGUGA